AUGAGGUGCCCUGUCAGACAGACGAAAAAAGAGUCGCCCGUCGAGCCACGAAGAGGUCAGAGGGAGGCCGCGGGGCCCACGGGCACAACCUUGCGUGUGGUUAGGAUGGAGGAGACGAACAUGAAUAGACUGUGGUACUAUAGGGAGUUUUGGUAUAAGAUCCUCCCGCUGCCCCGACCAUCUACUGCCUCCUUCUUUUGCUCCUCUCAUUAUCAGCAAUACAUCAAACUCCAUAAUCAACCUUCCUCUCAUUCAUCACAGCAGCGCUGUUUCAUUCACUCUUUGCCGGACAAUAUCUUUAUAACUAUCGCCGUUCUCUUCACCCUGGCCGCUACUGGUCUCUCCGCCCCCAUUGAGGGAGCUGAAAAGCGCCAGGCCAAGCUUCUUUCCGUUCAGGACUACUCUCAGUUCCAAGUCUCUGACGGCACCGCUGGCAACGCUCUUGCUGAGGUUGCCCAGAAGUUCCCCGUUGCUCAGAUCAAGGCUGACCUUGCUGGAGUCAGCAAGGAUGACUUGGCCAUUCUCCAGGCGGCCCGCGUCGCCGCAGAGGGUGCCGAGACCGACGCCGGCGGCGUCCGGAGCCGUGCCGAUGCCCUGAAGGUCGGCAAGAUCAAGAACAAGGUCCUCAAGCUCCAGCUCGAGGUUCUCGCUCUCCAGGUGCAGCAAGCACAGGGCGCCAGCAACCAGGCCAAGAUCGACGCCGAGCAGAAGAAGCUCGACAACAACGUCAAGAACGACACGGCCUCCAAGGGCAAGACCAGCCAGAGCGCAUGGUCGGUGUUAGAGAGCAACUUGUCGUUUGGCGUUAUCCUCGUCUUGGUCAUGAUUGGGGUUGGAGGACAUGGGACACGAAACAUGGGCGAUGGGAAAACAAUUAUUGAGUUGGGUGAAUUACAAAGCUAUACCUUCUUUGACAUCUGCUCGCAAAGUCGCACUGUUCAUUCCGCCGAGCGGAAAGCGCACAGAAACUGUGUCCGGCGGUCGUCUGCACUCAACCAUCCAAUCUCAUCAACCUUACUAUCUUGCUUCUUGAUUAACUGGACGCACUACGGUGGCCUGUUAUCACGCUUGAUGGCGUCACCAUCGAGUUUCAUUCCAUUAGGAAGCCUUAUCAUCACGCGGGAAAACACUGAGCUUACAUCUGAAGAGUGGAAGCUGUUGGAGAAGAGAUUCGGAAGAUGGGGCAUCAUUGCGCCGACGAAACCUGCCAAAGGCGUCAGAGCCCCCAAGCCAUUUGAUCACGUAGAGGAUACCUUCCUCUUGUCUGCGGCUUUCAAGAGCUACAAGAACCUGGUGGUCGAAGGAUGGAUCCGAGUCCAUCUACUCAUUCGCCCGGAGAGUGAGGAACGCGGAACUGCAAGAAUUUAUGUCUUGCCUGACGACGUCGACAAUAAGGCCAUCGACCGAGACCGCACUAAGCUAAGAAGAUCACGCAGAGCGCUCAUUGCCCAACUCGACUUUUCUCAAGAGGCCUGGUCUGGCCAGCCCACUUCGACUCCAACCACACUCGAACAUGUCUUCAGAGAUGAAGAAGACUCUCAUGACUCAACCUCGUUGCUCCAGAUGUUCAACAGCAUUCCUUCCCCGGACCCGGCGCCCCAUGCUGUCACCAACCCAUUUGAACAAGAUGCCAUUUACAACGUACUCGAAGGCAACCUGCCUGGUCUGAAUGAUAUGUCGAAGCUUUAUGACUACCAGCGUCGCUCAGCUGCGGUCAUGAUUCAGCGCGAAAGUGAACCUGGCCAGUUCCUGGAUCCAAGAAUUGCCAAAGGAAUCGACCAAAAUGGUGCAGCCUAUUACUACGAUACUAGCUCCGGAGCCCUCGUCAAGGAACCAAGGUUCUACGAUGGUGUCAGAGGCGGUAUAUUGGCCGAGCAGAUGGGCGCAGGCAAGACCCUGAUCUGUCUGGCCGUCAUCUUGGCGACUCGACAUUUGUCCACCCGCACCCCCGAUAUUUACCAAGGGAGCGACGUGCGCGUAAGGAAGAAGAUUGGAUCACUCGCUGACAUGGCAGCCUCGAAUGCCAACAUCAAAGGAGCUCCUUGGAAGAUCUUCUUCAACGUCUAUGAUGCGAACCAAGAGCUGGAGUACGACAAGUGCAUAGCAGCAAUCCGCCGCAACCCCAGCCGCUACCACGUCCCCGAGGAGCCUCCCAAGCGCCUUCGGCGGCAUGAAAAUUCUGUUGGUAACCCGGCAAAGAAAGUCCGACACACUCAUGCAUCCAUAGUUAUCGUCCCCAACAACCUUGUUCAACAAUGGAUCCAGGAACUCGAAAAGCACAUCGUCCACCCAGGAAACCCGGCGGGUCUUAAGGUCCUGAAGUUGACUAGCCAGAAGGAGGAAAUCCCCAACUCUCAAGUCCUCGCAGCAUAUGACCUCGUCCUCAUUACCCAGUCACGGCUCGAUAGGGUAUGGAGAGAAACUAUGAUGAUGGGGUGUCCACUGGCAGAAGUCCACUUCAAGCGCUGUAUAGUCGACGAAGGGCACAAGAUAGGCUACGCGAAGAUAAACAACAAGAGCAAUGUCCUCCUGGCUAUUGACGCACUUCACAUCUCUGCUCGCUGGAUUGUGACCGGCACGCCAGCCACUGGCUUAUUCGGUGUAGACGACCAACACUUCAACGAUACCCAUUCCGACGACAGAAAUAAUACCGACAAGGCGGCAGCCCUCGCCGAGGCGGAAAAGGGAGAUCUGGAGAAGAUUGGCGCGAUAGCAUCGCUGUACCUCAAUGCUCGACCUUGGUCCAAUAGCGUACACGAAACAGGAGAUACGACGGCAGAUUGGGCAGUGUACGUGAUGCAGCCGAAGCAUAGCUCCCGGUCGACCGGCCGCAUGGGGGUGCUGCGCGCUACACUGAACUCUCUCAUCGUCAGGCAUCGACUGUCGGAGCUUAACACCCUGCUUCCAUCAGUCAACGAGAACGUUAUUGUAUUGGAAGGUUCAUACCAAGACAAGUUGUCGCUUAACAUCUUCUCGAUGAUGAUCAUCUUCAACGCCGUCCAGUCUCAAAGAGUCGACAUGGAUUACUUCUUCCACGCUCGUCAACGCAAGGCUCUGCUCCAGUUGGUUCACAACUUGAAGCAAUCCAGUUUCUUCGGCGGUGUCUUCUUCGCUAAGGACGAUAUAAUCAAGGCACUCGAAACUGCAGAGACUUUUCUCCAAGAGAAAAAGGUUCUCAUCAGCGAGAAAGACGAAGCUCUUCUGAAACAGGCCGUUGAAGUUGCCCACGUUGCCAUCGAAAACCAACUCAAAGACUUCAGCAACAAGUAUAACGAGGUCCCCAUCUUCAUCCGCGACUUUCUCCCCAAUGGCGUGGGCUCUGCCUGGUCCCUCGACGAUCGAGACGCUAAUCCUACUUGUACCGAUGCUGGCAUGGUACUUACCGCGCAGAAGCUGAUCGCCUCUGCCAUGGGUAAGCCCACGAAGCUGAAUAGUCUACUCAACGGUCAACUGGAAUUUGAGGGUCGUAAAGAGCAAGCCGAUCAGAUCAUGUCCGGGGCACAGGGUGUCGCGGUUGACCACCGGCCGUCAAAGUCUCCAGGGGUUCUCGCUGGCAAUACGCGACUGGGAGGUGAACGGGUUGCUCGACACCUGAAGUCUACUGCCUCGAAGCCCGCUGAGCCCGUGCCCGAGCUGGAGCAACUUCCAGACGAUCUGAAGAAGGCGAUGCUGGUUUCCACCGUGUCAGCAAAGCUCUCAUACCUUAUCGACGCUGUGGUCGAGCACCAAGAAAAAGAGAAGAUGAUCAUCUUCUACGAGAAUGAGAAUGUGGCAUGGUAUCUGGCGGGUCUUCUUGAAGUAAUUCACGUGCGUCACCUGAUUUAUGCCAGCAAGCUCACGUAUGCCCGGAAGAUGGAGUACGUGGACACUUUCAAUAACAACCCUACGAUCAGGGCCAUUCUCAUGGACUUGUCGCAGGCCGCUAUUGGUCUCGACAUGAGGGCUGCCUCGCGAAUCUACUUUAUCAACCCCGUUCUGAACCCCCAGAUCCAAGCCCAAGCCAUUGGCAGAGCCCGGCGCAUCAGUCAGCAGAAACCCGUGACGGUCGAGACGCUCGUCCUCCGGGACAGCAUCGAAGAAGUCAUCAUGGAGCGCAAGAAGACCAUGUCGCAGUUUGAGCAUUGGAAGUGCAAGUCCAUCAUAGACGACCAACCCAUCUACAACUGGAUCUUGAACGUCGGCAUUAUACCUCUUCCAAAGGACCAGAAAGAUUACUUGGCGCAGGCCAUUCCGCUGAAGCGCCCUCAGCCAAUCUUUGGCAGCAGUUUUGCUGGCGGUCAGUCCUCGGAAGAGGAUACUCUGGCGAAUGGCACGGAGAUGAAGUCGACGGUGGUCAAGGAUGAGCUGGCAAAUGGUACAAACAUGGGCGGUCUUAAGCGCCCGCGUAGUUCCAAGCCUGAAGGCAACGGAGACUUGGGAGGGGAACCCGCCAGACCUGUGCGCCGCCUGCGCUUCUCUGCAGAGGACAAGGAAAUGAGCGAUGAACAGUCCCCGCCAAAAGUGGCUGCUUUCUACGACGGCAAUAAGAAUCGUUUCUACCAUCACUGUUUGAAGAUUCUCUUACUUUGCGCAAUUAACCUUUUGUUAGUGAUACCUUGGUCAGAGUCAUUCCUCAUCGGUUCGCAUGAGAACCGAGUUCAACGUCAAGUGCAGUAA